AUGGAGGGCUCGAACAACAGUCUCGGCUCCGGUAGCGGUCUCGCGACCAGUGGGGCCAAGCCUGGCAUGCAACAUGGCUCCAGCAGCAAGGCCAAGUCUCUGACUUCAAAGCCGGCUCGCGGUAGCGCCGAUGCGGGGACAGUAGAGGCCUCUCUUGGUGCGACAAAGGAUCUCAUCGGUAUACACCAUCCACCCCCACCCCCUCCGCCUCCGCCUCUCCAACUGGUGACCUCUGGGGCAGACACCGAGGCCCCGCACGUGGUCUUGAGCGGCCGCGGUGCUGGUGGUGGUGGCGCAGCGGCGUCCUCCUCCACCCCCGUGACGGGCGAUAUGCCUGUCGCGGCGCGUAGUGGCAUGUAUUCCUCCUCGCGGCGUCAGGGAGGGGCUGCGGCGUCAGUCGGAGCUCGACCGACACUGCCUAGAUCAGGCGCAAGCAGCGCAGCAAUGCCUGCCGUGUACGGUGGGGGAGAGGACGUCAACGGUGAGUCGUUGGCGUCCAACACGGGUUACUCUUACAACAGGUACUACGGUAGCGACCAAACCAACUACUUCAGCUCUAGCACCUACGGCUACAACAACAACAACCAAGGCGAGUAUCCAGGAGGUGGUGGCGGUAGCAGCGGCUCAACGAGCAUGCCCUAUGGAUCUAUUCCUGGCCCUGUGGUGGGUAGUAGCAGCAGCGGCCCAGGGGCGAGUGACGGGCAAUCAAUGCCCGUGUACUCCUUUCCCUACCACUCAUCAUCAUCUGCGCCGGCGAAUCUACAGCAAUGCCCGAACCAGCAUUCUACCCAAUACCAGCAGCCACAGAGGCAACAUCAACUGCAGCAGCAUUCACCCUGCAGCCCGCAGAUACCCACCGUGGAACAGGGCGGCAGCGCCUACCAGGGCUAUUAUCAGCAGACUUACCAACCACAGCAGCCUCAAAUGCAGCUGCAGCAGCGAUCGCUACACUUCCAAGCGGCAUCCUCCACCUCUCAAAGCACAGGCAGGGAGGGCCAAUACUACGGCUACUGCUACGGCAGUAGCCCUGGCCAGCGUCGCAGCCACGCCCGCACGGCGAGCAGCAGCAGCGGGGCGCACUACUACAAUCCACAACAGCAGCAGGGAUGCCCGCCGCCGUCUUCUUAUGAGGGCGAGACUCUUUACAAUCAGGGCGGCACAGUGCAGAGCAGCAGCCAAGGAGGCACCACGGAGGGUUGCUACCAGCAGUAUGCUCAAUGUGCUUCGUAUUCAUAUCAGAGCCCCUCGCCUUCCGCACAGCAGCAGCAUUCACCCUACAUUGGUGGGGAGGGCCAAACCUUCUCUAUCUCGGCGUCAUACGGCUACACCUUACUGGGCGCGAACAAGAGUAGCCAGCCUUGCAGCACAACCGCCAGUGCGUACGGUGGCGAGAGCGAUGUCAUACAGGGUGCCUCGCCGGCGCUCUACUCCAGCGGAGCAUAUGCCCAGGCAGAUAGCGCAGGCAGCACCAUGAACGGAUCCGAAGUCCGUGUCGUUGGCGGGCGUGGAUACGGUGCUAGCGCCGCAACAGCAGCUGUGGGCAGUGGCGGUUCUGGUGUCGGCUGCGGUAGUGCAAUCGGAGGCUACUACGGCACCGGCUACGCCGGCGGUUGUAGUGCGCCAGUGUUGCAUGCGUCUCGCACACAAGAUGUACCCUACACGGACACCGGCAGUGACACUGUCGGAAUGCCGCUGGGUCCCGUCAGUGGCAAGAGCGGCCAGGCUGCAGCCAGCGGCAGCUACCCAUACCCACAGCAAGGGAACGUCGCUGAUGUGGAGGAUGGAGGCCAGUCAUAUCACGGCUACGCGGCGAAUGGUUACCGCGACUACUACUACGCGGCUGCGAAUCAGAUCGGCGGCUGCGAGAUCAGUCCUGGCUAUGGUUACACUGCGGGCCACACCUCGUCACAGCAGUCACCAAUGUCCUAUCAAACUUCCUUUGGUUGCGGAGAGGCGCAGCCGGUGUCAUCCGCCACCGCAUCGCCGCUGAUAGCUGAAAAUCACCAACGUGGAAGCGGAGGUCCGCCUCAGCCCCAGCAACCGCAAUAUCAGCGGAGGAGCAGCUUCUGCGCGCUUGAUCCUCGCUAUGGCGGUGGUGGUGAUGGCAACGGUGGCAGCUACGACGCUUAUGGCUACGCCCUUCAGCAUCCACAGCAGCAGGGGUAUUACCGAGGUUACAGCAACCCCUCGCAGCCUCAGAACCGAGUUGACGCGAGGUCAAGUGGAGCAUCGCUGCCAGUCAUUCGUCACUCUCAGUGCAUGCAGCAGCAGCCUGAGACGGUGACGCGGCGGUAUAAUGCUGCUGAGGAGCAAGGCAAGUGUGGUAUAGCAGAGCAGAUUACCAAGACACAGGCUCCAGAUGACACGGUGCCGAUGCCGUCAGUAAGAGGUAGGGGCCCCAGCAGGAGCAGCAGCAGCGGUGGCCACGGCCACGGUGACGGCGGCGUUGGAGGUAGUGUGGUGCCAACACCAUCUCGCAAAAGGGGGAAAAAAGGAAUGGGCAGCGGCACAGCUCAUGCCCAUUCAGCUGCAGACACUGAGGCGGCACGCAAAGCAGCGGAGAAUAGUGAGGGGCGUGAGGCGUGCGGCCAACGCAGCGCUACCCUCAGCACUACCGUCCUACCUGCGUCCGCUAAGGAUGCGGAGUGUCAGCGGCAGGCCUCACUUCAGCAGACGGACGCGCCAAUACUGGAGGAAACAUUGGGAGCGCGCGAGCCGCUCGUCUCACUAGAGCUGCCACCUUCCUCGGUGAACGCGCCACGUCGACAGCAACCACCGCUGCGGCACACAGGCGAGGGUAGUACUACUGGCAAGAGUGGCGGGGUACCGAAGGGUGAGGUCCGCUCGCAGCAGGCGGCUGAUCUCUGCGUGCCUCACAAGGGUGGUACGGACGCAGCGACGCCUGACGGCGGUGAGUUUUCGAUGACCGGAGUGAAGGGCAACGUCGAUGAAGAGGCUAAAGCUGAUCACGCCGCUGUGACUUUCAAGGAUGGCAGUUGUGGGACGGCCACGCCUGCUAUGGCUGCGAUUCGAAUGGACCACCAUGGCUCCAGCACUGCUAGCGGCGGGAGUUGCGGCCAGCGGCGGCACAGCAGCAGCAGCACCGAGUUCACUGCUGCGCACGCGAGCCCUGUAUCACACGGCAGUGGUAGUGGCAGCGGUGCGCAGAGCUUCCUACGGCGCUCUCCGCUGACACCAUGUCUCAGCGCGCCAUUCCACACAUACAUCUGCGGUGCCAUUGUAGAGCAGGCGGCACAGCUGCAGGCAAACGCGUGUUCAUCAUCCGCCACCGGUGGCAGGACCGGCAUCGACGCUGCCAGUGCGGGUACCCCGUCUGUACCCCUUUCAACGGGCUCAUCGCAAGCACUGCCGGCCAUGUACACCCCUGUCCAGCGUCUGCUUUCGCGUGAGGUGUCUCGUGGGGCGCACAGCGUGGCCGCGGAGAGGAAGCGGAGACUGGCGCAGGCAUCCAAUGACAGCGGUUGCGGCGAUGAGGAAGGCGCCUGUGCGUACGGUGAGGAGGACGUAGAGUAUGCCCGCGAUGGCGCGGAGGCGCCCGAGGCGGCGAGCGAGGGGAGCAAAGGUGAGGGUGCGGAGGGCGGCUUGGAAAGCGUGCGUGACCUCGGUAGUAUGCAGUCCGCCACAACGCUGCUCACAGCCGACGCGCUGGCGGCUGUGAGGGAGGCACCCAACACCACAGCUUCCCUGCCUCCUCCCGGCACCACACUCGCGGACAACUCUCUUCGCUCGAGUGGUGGCCGGCCUCACCACAUGCACCUGCUUGCCCACCACCACAGCCAUCACAUGCGACGAUCGACCCCCGCCUCAGAGGUGUCAUCGCCCUCGGCACCGGCACUGCAUCACUGUCGCAUCUACCAUAGCAUCUCUCCCUUUUUGCAGCCAGCUUCGUUGGCUGCAAGCUGUACAGCCUCUCUCAUGGCAGGCGGCAGCGCCGCCACAAACAAAUAUGUGCAGUCUCCGGAGAGCGCCUCGAGUGCUGCGCUGCCGCCCCGGCUUCCCAGCGGGGGUGGGGGCAGCACACCGCACUUGCAUCGAGUUGGCGAAGGCUCGCGUGAAGGCAGUGGCGCAGCCGCAACCAUGCAGCCUCAGCAGCUUCACAUGGGUUCUUACCCCUACCAGUACAACAAUCAGGCCUCGAUUGAUCUAGACGGUGGCCGCUGUGCCGUUGUUCCGGAAGGGGGAUCUGGAGGCGCUGAAGAGCUUCUCCACUACUCUUACCAAGGCAACAUAAGUGGUGGCUGCAACACCACGAAGCCCUUGCUUCGGCAACCGCCACUGCAGAAUCCAGGGACUGAAGACGGCACCAUCGACCGUUGUGUCGGUCCCGGCGGCGCCUUGCUGACGACCUCGCCCGCUACCGUGGUGCACAGCACGUUUUUCAAUACGCUCAACCAAAGUAGCCCCCCGCCCUCGAUCGGUGCUACGGCCCGGCCGGGGUCUUCGACGCCAUCGCCAACCUCACAGCACCAGCACCACCACCAACGGGCUGCGAACAGUGGCGGCGCCAGUCGUUUCGCGACGAGUCCAGAUUGUGCCAGCCAGCAAGGCGGCACGAGUGGACCGGGGAACAACAUGAGCAACACCUACGGCAGCAGCCAUCAUGUUAAUUCUCUCGCGCACCAUCGCUACCCCAGCCCCACGCACCCCAAUGGCUAUUUCACCGGCGGCAGCCAAAUCAACUUGCAAGCGGGCGGGCACUACCCGAUGCUGGGGGCGCGGCCACCCUACAUCUACGAGUAUCACGUGGGGCAGGAGUUACUGCUAGAGGAGUUCCACGCCGCCAUGCGCUUCAACGCCGCCACAUUCGGCAAUAUCGCGUGCCUCGUGGACGCCUUCUCCCCGCAGGUACCGGUGGCAAGCAAUCUCGAGUUCCCCUGCAACGAAGAGCAGUGCCAGCUUAUUUGCACUCGCAGCAGUAGAGGCCUUUCUUCGCCACCUGGCGGCGACAGCAGUCAGCACGGCUCCGCGCCGGGCAGUCGCAGCAGCCCCGGUGGCACAUUUCCUGUCCUCCUGAAGGAAGACGCGCGCGCCAUAGGCGGAGCAGGCCACAACGGCACAAGCGGCAGUGGUGGUGCCCAGAAAGGGCCCGUGCUGCCGGCACCGCGACCGGCACAUGCGGAUCGAACGCGCUACUGGGACUUUUCCGGCUUCUCUUACUGUGAGCCGGUCGUGACGCUCAAGUCCAUCUGGCAGAGCUUCGAUAACCCAUUCGGCUGCGUCGUGAACCUCGCCGAGCCGAUCUACCCGGCGCCGAUGCGACCCGCUGAAGGCGAGCUGGUGUAUACACCGCUGCUGAGCGGCUUUCGCAUUCGUUUCCACCCAGCCUCGUCUGCAUAUAAGCGGCUCGCCGCUUUGCGCGAGGUUCGCCGCCAGCGGCAUCGAGAGGAGGCGGCGGCCGGUGAGGGUGCCGGUGCGUCAACGAUGGAUGAGCGUGCGGCAACCAGUGUAGAAGGAGCGGCGCGGGGCGGUAGCAGCUGCCAUGCAACGGGCCCUUACGCGGAGGAGGAUGGCGUGCUCAAGUGGAGUGCCACCGACCGGCCUAACAAUCGAAACAUUAUCGUGGAGCAGAUUGUGGAGCUGGCGAAGUGCGACGAGAGCUAUGCAGAGCUGCUGACCGCCACCACGGCAGAUGUUGACCAUCAGUCGUGGGUGGCGCUCAUGUGGCAGCCCGUGUUCUGCGGCGGUCAUUCAUCGAAGUACAGCUGCGGCACUUUCCUCGCUUACUACCUCCUCCGAGCACCGCGGCACCUGUUUAUCCCUUUCGCUUAUAAGAGCGAAGGCGCUGCGAUGAAUAGCUCGUGGAGCAGCCCAGUCUUUCGUGGUGACCGCGCUGCGCUUUCUUUUGACCUCUGGAGCUUGCAGCGGCACUACCACAUCGCGCGAUGGGUCUCACCGCCGCCAAUGACGCACAUUAUGGCGACACUAUCCGUCGACGGUGAGGACGAUGAGGCGGAUAACACCACCUCCUCAUGUGCAUCCACCAGCCGUGGUCGUAAUUCGUGGGAGGAGGGUCAAACCGGCUGUGCGUCGAACCGCACCACCGAAAGCUUCGGCUUCAGCACCAACGGGGACUCCCGUGUGCGUCUCCGUGACGUCUACGCUGGCGCUGCCAGCGUAGGUGGUGGUAUUGACCUGCACGCCACGACGGGCACUACGAACGCAGCAACCUGCCCUGCAACAGCAAAGACGACGUACGUGCGUAUUCCUCUUGUCGGCUUGAUCCCAAAUCGAUGCCGUUCCGAGGUGUGGUUCAAGCCUAUGUACGACGCAUCACUCAUGGGAAUGCGUCAACAUUGUGGUGGCGGCGGAGGGGUGAUGGGCGGCGGCGAUGGAGCGGGAGCUGGUGUGUCCGGUGGCGGUGUUGGCAUGGGGUCCUCGAACGGAUUCGGGGGUGCUGGGAGUGGCGGCAGCGGCGUCGGAGGUAAUGCAGGCAACAGCGGCGACCACGCAGGCCUCUACGCCUUUUACGCACCCCUUUUCCUUAUCGUGACAGCGUUGCAGCUGAUGUGCUGGGACGCCUACAACGAGUGGGAGCACAAGUCGCCCACAUUGACGGCCACAGCUGCUCGACCGUCGACGUUCUCUGAGGCGAGACGAGACGCUGAAGACCCGGAGGUGGCCGUUGACGGGACUGCCGGUGCGGCCGGUACCCCCUCCUCGUCCUUCAGCAAUCCUUUGCCUGCGAUGAUGGAGGAGACGAUGUCGACUGCGCAGCGACCGCAGCAGCAGUCUGACUACGACUUGGAAGCCGCUACCACUGCUGGAACCGGGGGUGGUAAUCCAACCAGAGGCGCGGUAGCCCACCGCAGAAACCUGUGGCCCUCCUACGUUACUAAAGGCGUGGAGCUGAUGACGGAUGCCGCCCGGCAGUAUCGCACCGUACGCGAGGUGGCCAACCUCGACGCAGCCGUGGACGAGAGCGCUGGCGGCAGUGCCCUGGUAGGAAACAACAACGGAGGCUUUGCGGCGGCGAACGAAGCAGGUAUUAGCAGUGCCGAGGAGAAGCGGCCAGGUGAAGGAGACAAGAGCGUAGCGAAGCAGCAGCGCGUUGGAUGUGCGAUCGUGGCGGGCGGAACAAGCAGCGCUAUGUGCGAUCCGGUUGCUCGCGUGAUUGCAGGGCUGCUCGACUACUAUCAGUGGGCGCAGUACGAUACGUCCCUUACCGCACUCGCCACCGCCUACUGUGCCACAUAA